AUAUCGAUUCCGAGUCAAUUAUGCGAUGGGGUAAUCCAGUUGUUGAUAACUCGGCAGUCACUGUAUGGGAUAGUCCAGUUGAUGACAACACGACAAUCACCGUAAGUGUAGCGACAGAGUAUGUCGAUUUUUUUCAAAGUGUAAACGCGAAAGCGCACGUAGAAGAAGUUAUUGUGAAUUCUGGUGUUCUGUUAACCGCUAUGGAAGAAAUGCGAAAGGAUGAAGUCACGAGUGUAAUGCUCGAAGAUCCAUAG